UCAGUCUCACAGCGCAGGUGUCGUUGUUUUAUGACAAGCUCGAAUCGACUGUGUAUAGGGCUAACCCACUGUCCAUGGGUAAGCGCAGUAUUUCUAGUCCGUUAUGUUUGAUCUGUCAUGAACAUUGACGGUAAAGUGCAGUGGAGGUUAUGUGCUUGUGAAAAUAUGAUGCCCCCGCUGAGUGAGUGAUGACAAGAAGCUUAUAAGGCUUGAGCUGCCAUUGACGAUACAGCGGUGACUGACUAAAAUGGGAGCGCGGUGAAGCAAUGACAAUCGAACGGUAUCAAUGGGGGAACCAGCGCUCUGGUGCUGAGGAGAACGGAGCAUCAUCACCGACCAAAACACCGCAGCCUUCAGCAUCUAAACAGAACCCGCCACCGAACAAAGUAAAGAUGUCCAUUUCAAGAUGAAAAUCGACUGACAGAUAAAAAGGACCUGUGAGACGUCGGGUGGAAACUGUGGAGCCUGUUGGAGCUACAGCCACACAUGCUGUCUCCCCCACCGCGCCAGCCUAAGCAUGCCCACUUCCGAGGCGCCCGGUGUGGGCAGUAACUCCAGCGCCGUGCCCUGGGACCCUGGUUCCUCUGGUCCUCCUGGCCCCACAGACUGGCCGUCGGUGGCCAACAGCGUGGUGAAGAUGGUGUUGAUCUCAGCCAUUGUGUGUGUGUCUCUGUUUGGUAACGUGGUGGUGUUGUUGGUGUUCCAGAGGAAGCCUCAGCUCCUCCACGUGGCCAACCGCUUCGUGCUCAACCUCCUCCUGGCUGACCUGCUCCAGACUGUGCUGGUCAUGCCCUUCGCCAUCGCUGCCACCGUGCCCGGCGUGUGGCCCCUGGACGCCCGCCUCUGCCAGGCCCUGGUGGUGCUCAUGCACCUGUUUGCCUUCGCCGGGGUCAACACCAUCAUCGUGGUGUCGGUGGACCGUUAUCUGGCCAUCAUCCACCCGCUGUCCUACCCCACCCGUAUGACCCCUCAUCUGGGCACCAACCUCAUCGCCUGCACCUGGGUGCUCAGCCUGCUCCAGAGCACGCCACCCCUCUACGGCUGGGGGGCCAUAGACUUUGACCGCAGGCAUAACAUGUGUGCUGUGGUGUGGUCCUCUAGCCUGUCCUACUCAGCCCUGGUUGCCACGUUCUCCUUCUGGCUGCCUGUGCUCAUCAUGCUGGGCUGUUACUGGAUGGUGUUCAGGGCAGCGAGGAGGCAGAAUGCCCUGGUGCACCCCAUCCAGACCCACUCUAAGUCCCAGCCUAACCAGCCUCCGGACCCCCAGGUCCCCUGCCCCGGCAGCCCCCAGCGCCAGCCCCAACAGCCACCCCCACCCUUGGACUCCUUCUCGGCCGGGGGGUACCCCAUCCGGGGCAGGCACAGACGUUUCCACUACCACUGCAAGGCAGCUCGGGUGGUGUUCGUCAUCAUGGCCUCGUACAUCCUGAGUAUGGGACCUUACAGUGUUCUCAACACCGUCUCCAUUCGCUCCAGUGCUGCUGUGCCUCCAUGGCUGGCCUCCCUAGCCCUGGUCCUCUUCUUCUUGCAGUGCUGCCUCCACCCCUACAUCUACGGCUACAUGCACCGCAGCGUGAGGAAGGAGUUCCUGACCCUACUGUGUGGUCCGCUCUGCAGGCAGGGCCUUCCCUGCCACACCUCCACACAGGACAGCUGCUUCACCGUGACCGACGGACGAUCCACGCAGCCCCAUUUGCCCAGCCUGGCUGCCCGCGUCUGUCCCCUCCGCACCUGGGAGGAGGGCACCACCACGGAGGCUACCUCCUCCUCCCCCACCAUGGAUAGGAGGUCCAGGGACAGCCGCAAAGAGACCACCUCCACCAGCCUGAGCUCUGAGAGAGAGCUCACCAUCCACACCACCACCUAGUAGAACAGUCUACAGAGGAACAGCCUGGGAGAUGGGUUGACCUGUUUUUCAUUUGGCAGUUUUCCCCUCCAGUGAAGACAUGGUUAUUCAGCAAGGUUAAACUUGAGCAGAUUUGCCUUCUGGUCUACAGGGUUUUCCAUUCUGACAAUAGUUAUGUUUCCAUUAACUUUUUUUUGUCAACGUUUAACGUUUAGAAGGUUUGCAUAGAUAAUAGAUUUGACAGUUGCCUGCUAUGGAGUGUUUCCAUUUAACAAUCUUGUGUGGAUAAAAACAGCUGGACGUAAUGACGUCACACCUAAUAAAACACAUUUUCGUAAAAACCUAGUGUCGAAUAAAAAUUAAGUGGUUUAAGUGUUUAUAUAUAUAUAUAUAUAUAUAUAUAUAUAUAUUUUUUUUAUUAUUUUAAAAGUGUUUCCAUCACCCGUUUAGGCAAAUUGCGCAUUAAUAAAUUGUCUACAGCUUGAAAUAAUUGGGUGGUGAAACUUGCAUCCAGUCAACCAGAAAAUAAACGCGAAGCAAUUCAGCCAUUAUUGAAAGUCAGGACAAGGAUCCUGCAAAACUAUAAACUAUUUUUAUAGUUAAAAAAUAGAUUUAGCAGGCAAUAGGCAUUUAGAAUGAAAUGUGGAGUGGAGCUUCAUAGUACGUGUUGACAUCACGUGCCACGCUUACCUUAAAAAUUAUUCGGCAAUCAUAAUUUUCCCGAAAAACUUUGACAAAAGAAAACUCCACCCCUGUUGAAAUUGAUAAACAUUUUGUAGAUCUUUAGAAAAUGUCUCCUAUAUCUGCCGUUUACAUUACACGUCACAAUGGGGUUUUUUCACGACAUCGCUUUUGUCGAAUAAACCUGGGUCAAUGGAAACCUGCCUGUUUGUUGUGAUGCGGGGUGGUUAUAUUUUUGUAUGUGUAGAUUUUCCAAGGAUAGCUUAUUUGUCAUAGAAAUGGUUCCAGGAAAGUAAUUGCGACCUGGUCUGCAGUGUUUUCCUUGAAAAGCCAUUGUUAGUUCUCCUAUUGUUCGGUUAUGGUUGAUGCGUUAUUUUGACAGAUACAUUUCUGUCAAACAUCCACGAAAUAGAUCAGUAUUAUCAUAUCAACUUCAAAGAACCUGCCACAAAUGUAUUUGACUGUCCUAAACGUUGCUACAGAACACAAACUCUUCAUGGUGACAGCUUAUGUUUGUCUCCUGUGAGGAGCAUUAUUAGAAUGUGCAAACCAUUACUAAUCACCCUGCCUGUAGUGCAAUAAUGUUGUAUACUGUACUGAAUAAUAUAACACAUGAUGUCAAGGAAGAGAUGGCUGAGGGGGACCAAAAUGACCAGUGAUUCAUGUAAUUCAUGAAUCUGGUUCACUAGUUUAGUACCAGAAUGAUCACAACUACAGUAGCUACCUAUCAUAUGCACAGCUGUCCUUCUGCUUUUCAUAAACAGAAUCUCAUCUACUAUCCCCAUUGAUCUCUGUGCCCCAUUACACAGUAAGAUUAAGCAGCCUGCCAGUGUUGCCAAUAAACUCAGGGUGUUAUGGGGACUGUGGAGUGCCCAUGCAUGUCCUUGAAGCCUCUUGAGCGGGUGAACACCGCUCUCUCUGCCCCUGUACCGUCUGGUUCCCUUUCAAAGCACCUCUUGUUACUGAGCUGUGCAGUGUCUCAUUGAGUGUUUCCCUCCACUACCAAAUUGACUGCUCUAGGCAGCCUUCUGAGAGGGACACUGUUUAUGUUUGCCCCUCUCAUCUCAGAGGUUCAAAGGAGGCUGGCUGAGAGCUCUAACAAAAUCCCCCUCUUGCCUGAAUGCAGCCAUGCGUCAUGUUAGGGCUCCUCUGACUCCAUAUUCGCUCACUUUGCAGCUUCUGUAAAGCGUAGAGUGUUAGUAUACCAUAUCAGUAUUGGUGUUACUUUAUCUUUGCACUUUAUCAGAGCAUAGAGCAUCAAGUAUCAGUCGAUAUGAAACAGGUUGCAAUGUACUGUAAAGCCAUUACUAGGGAUUUUAAUCAUGUUGAGACCUCAAAAAAUAUUGGUCAAAAAUGUUAUAUACAGAAAAAUUUACAUAACUCAUACAAAUGUGUAGAUAUCUAUUCGGAAAUGUAUUGCUCAAAGCCAUGAUGAAUGUACAGUAUAUGUAGAGAGCAGUCUCUGGCCAUGGUCUUGAGGAACCAUGACAGUUGGUUUUCAUAGUACCUCAAGUGUAAUUGUUCAAUCUAAAGCAGGCUUAUCACAGAACUGUUGGUUACCAAACUGGAACAUGGUGCUGAUAUAGUAGUUACAGUAGUUAUUUUCAGCAGUGGUUCUUCUCUGCUCUGAGUGGAAGACCUUCAGCAAGUGUAAUCUAUAUGCAUGUUGAGAGCCUGAAGUGUUAAGUAUGAGUGAAAUAGACUUGAGUGCUGAGAAUCUCAAUUUUCAUCCAUUUUGUUUAAAGGUAGUUGACUUGGAGAGAUAGUUGACAAUCGACACUAUUGUAAAAAGUACUGUGUGAUGUUUCCUGUUGAAUGUCAUAUAGUGAAACUAAAGUAAAUAACAUGUUUUAUAUGCAGUCCUUAUUUAAAAACUAGAGAUGAGGAUUUCUAUUGUGCUUUUUUAGUUAUCAUUUUCAACAUGGUGCGAGGAUAUGUGUACAGUUCAUUUAUAAAAAUUAAUAAAAUGUGAGUUUCAACAACGCUGAACAGAACUCCUUCAAAGCAAUGUCAGAAAGAGUGACGCUUUUCCUUUAAAGGGGCAAUCCGGGAUUUG